AUGGCCGCAGCUGGAGUGUCCCGCAAGGACAAGCGCAAACACGAGCGUGCGAGUAAAAAGCUGGCGAAACACAAGCGCCAGCGCAAGACCAAGAACGAGGAGCCAGCGGGAGAGAAGCGCGUCCGAGCACAUGUGUCUCACGAAAUAAAACCUGUUAAAACGAAUCGUAGAGACUCGAGCAUCACGAACAGAUUCCACGAGUUUCUAGCAGAAGCGGCGAGUGCAAAGGGGAAGUCGCAGUCAUGGGGUGUCGAGGAUAAGGAGAUCAAGGCGUUGGAGGUCAAAUUGGGACUUGGCUCCUCAUCGAGUGCGAAAUCCGACUCGGCGCUAAAGAAGCUACAAAGAGAGUACUCGAAGGACGGCCUGGGUGAAGAUUUUGCCGACUUUUUGUCGGGGCUCGACCAUAUCUCAGAAGUGGUCAAGGCACAGCCCAAGUCACGAAAGUCUGUUCACCUUAGAGCCGACGGUGUACAAGAUGAGAGCAACGAAGACGAAGAGGUUGAAGCGGCGGAUAGUUGCGCUGGAUCAGGUGAUGGCAGUGACUUUGAAAAUGAUGACGUGGAGAUGGACGAAGAGACUCGACGUGAGAUGAAGUUGCUGCAAGCAGAGGAUGCUGAGUUUCUAAGAGGCAUGGAGGAACUUCCUACUGAUGAGUCCGAAGACGAGUCAGACACGGACCUUGCGUGCUUUUAUUCGGAUGAGGAAGAGGAUGAAGCUCGUGACGGAGUUCGAGCCAAUACCUUGCGGAACCAGCAGUUGGUUUGUGCUGGUCCCCAAGAAAUGAGUGGUGACGACCAACCGUUGGCAGAACAGAAAGAAGACGGAGAUAAGAUCGAUGACGAGGGGCAGCUCAAUAUAGUUGAAGAAAACGAGCAGCAUAUGGAGAGUAGUACGGAUGGAGGUGAGGCGAGCGUUGCUGUUGUUGAAGACAUCUACGGUCGACCCGUCAUCAAGUCGGUUAACGGGUCCGAGAUGCCAUCGGCGUACUUGCCUCCUCAUCUUCGCCGCAAGCGUCAAGCUGAGGCAGAAGUUGCUGCCGCUGCAGCGGCUACAGAUAAAGUCAAGCCGUUACAGAUGGAUGAGCAAGCUGUGCGUGAGCUGAGGCGUCGAAUAAACGGCCAGCUCAAUCGAAUUUCUGAACCCAAUAUGGAGUCCGUUGUUUUGGAGAUAGAGAAGGUCUACCGUGAAAAUGGUCGAUCGCUCGUUAAUGAGAUUCUGUUGGAGACGCUGCUUCAGACAACAUGUCACCCGCGGCAGGUGAUGACGCCGCUUACAAAGGUUGGCGGUGCUUUAGUGGCAGCUCUCUAUCACAGCGUUGGCAGCGAAGUGGGAGGAUUCUUUGUCGAAGCGUUGGUGCGCAAACUAAUGGAUAGUGUGGAAAAGGAGAAGAGGCAGCUUAGCGGGUCCACGGAUACACACCUCAGCAAUGAAUGUGAUGACGACGGACGGACGUCGAAGGUGCCAGUGAACUUGAUGCUGUUUGUGAUGAUGUUGUACAACUUUGGCGUUGUGCACUGUACUCUUGUGUACGACCUCUUUCGAUCAUUCGUGGACAGCUUCUCGUCGACCGACAUUGAGCUGAUUCACCAGCUUUUGAUUGUUGGUGGUGCUCAGCUUCGCGCGGAUGACGCUGACGCUUUGCGGCAAAUGGUUGCUGCUGUGCAGCAGAAAGUGGGCGAGGCGCCACAAGUGAAAAGCGGAAAACAGUCCGAUGAACGUGUCCGCUUUAUCCUGGACCUUAUUUACAACCUCAAAAAAGCAUCCAAGCACAGUAACAACCGCAAUUCAGGAGGUACUGGUGGAAGUGCACUAGACGUGUCAUCUCUAAAGAAGUGGCUCGGCCGCGUGAAGACAAGAUGUGGAAACGUAAACAACCCGCUGCGUGUAUCGCUGCACGAGCUUCUCCACGCUGAUGAAGACGGCCGUUGGUGGAUCGUUGGUGGUACGUGGAUCGGCUACCAGCAGAAAUCAAUUGGCGGUGCUACAAGCGCUGAUGCUGCUGAUGACACUGCGCGCGGUAACAAUCGCCUUUUAAAACUCGCGGAGAAGCAUCACAUGAACACAGAUGUGCGAAAGAAAAUCUUCGUCGCGCUUAUGGGUGCGACCGACUGUUUUGACGCCUAUGAGCGGCUCCUGCAGCUACACUUGAAGGAGAAACAGGAACGGGAGAUUGUUCGUGUACUGCUGCAUUGCUGUGGUCAAGAGAACAAGUUCAACAAGUACUAUUUGGUGCUGGCCGAGAAGUUGUGCGAGAUGGAUCCGAGGUACAAAUUUACCUUUCAGCUCGCGUUCUGGGACAUUUUCAAGACGAUUGAGUCACUGAAGCCGCGACGAUUGUACAACCAGGCUCGCAUGCUGUCCGGGCUAGUGAUGAACAACAGUAUGUCACUGUCAUGUCUGAAGGUGCUGGACUUUACGCAGUUGGAGGAGAAGAGCAUUUUGUUCCUGCGGGUUGUAGUGGAAGAUAUUCUCAAGGUGGAGAGCGAAGUGGAGAUGACGCUGGCGUUUCAGCGUUUGCUACAAUCGAAGAAGGCACAACUGGUAAUUGACGGUCUUGCCGUAUUCUUUCAUCAGCAACUAACGAGCUUUCGCAGCGAGCCCGAUCCAAAAACGCGGCUGUUGCUGAAAAGGCGUGUCAAGAGUGUCAAACGGUUGCUCGAUCAACUUGCAAAGUCUGCCGCGUCGGCUGACAACGAAGCCGCCUUGAUGUAG